AUGUAUCAGGGUAUAAUGACAACCAACCACGGACCCCCUUCCUAUGAGGCAGGAUUUCUCCACAACGCCUCGGCGGGCACCUCUCCGGUUUAUGUGCCCACCACCCGUGUCGUCACCCCCAUGAUCCCGGCGCUGCCUUACCUCCAGACGCCCGGUGCGUCGCAGCAGAGCAGCCCCGCGUCGAGCCACUCUGCCUGGGCGCAGCCGGGCGCCGACUCGGUGCCCUCGUACAACCACUCCCCGGUGUCCCCGCGCUUCGCCUUCUCCACCAGCCCGCCUCUGUCCUCCGGGGUGGCCACGGCCCGGGAGACGGCGGCUUCUUACACCAGCCCGCUAAACAUCUCUGCCAACGGGAGGGAGCACUACGGCGCCCGGGGCCUCAGCGGGUCGUAUCACAGCCCCUACCCGGCCUACAUGAGCCCGAACGUGAGCGGAACGUGGCCGGCGUCCCCCUUUGAUAGCCCGGUGCUCCACGGUCUCCAGACCGGCGCUCCUCCUGGAACAACACGGCACCCAAACAUAGACCUGUUCGAUGACUUUGCUGAGGGCCGGGAGUGUGUGAACUGCGGGGCGAUGUCAACCCCCCUCUGGAGGCGGGAUGGUACCGGCCACUACCUGUGUAACGCCUGUGGACUGUACCACAAGAUGAACGGCAUCAACAGACCUCUUAUCAAGCCUCAGAGACGGCUGUCUGCCUCGAGGAGGGUGGGCCUGUCCUGCACCAACUGUCACACCACCACCACCACCCUGUGGAGACGAAACGCAGAGGGAGAGCCGGUUUGCAAUGCCUGUGGCCUCUACAUGAAACUCCACGGGGUACCACGACCCCUGGCCAUGAAGAAAGAGGGGAUCCAGACCCGCAAACGCAAACCCAAGAACCUCAAUAAGUCCCAAACUGGGACCCCAGGCGGCGAGGGGACUCCAGUCACGCCGAGCAGCACUCCCCGUGCCUCCACCACCACAGAGGAACCUCGCCAGAUAAAGACGGAGCCGGACACUCACAGCUUGUACACACAUCACAGCGCACACGCACAGAUUUCAGCCCUACCAGCUUACAUGGCAGCUCAAGGUGGGGCCAUUCCUCUCAAGAUGUCCCCCGGGGGCCACGGCGGGUCCUCUGGCACCAAAGCUGAACCCUGGAACAACCUAAUCCUGGCCUAG